UCUUGUUUCCUUUAUGUAAUAACUUUUAGAAGGCAUAUCCGUUGGGCCAGUCAUUCAGCCAGAGUCAGGCACUGCAAAUGAAGAGUCGGUUUCAGGUCUACUGGAGGUUCUAUCUGAUGCGGUUGAUGAAGUUAAACGCGAUUUAGAAGUGCCAGCGUCUACUCAUUCGACGGAACCUCUUCCAUCAGCAGACGACAAGUCGCCAUCAUCAGUUAUGUUAUUUGAUUCUGAAGCAGCUUCGCGCAACAGUCAAGUACAUGCUGUUAAAGAUGAACAGUCGAGCAAAAGCACAGCCAUUAAGGAAAUCGCUGAAAUAGCAUUUGAUCAGAACUUAUGUGAUCUUGAUCUCAGUGCAGCUCCUACCAAGCAGAAAAUUACCAAGCGAGAUUUUACUUCUGACGGUGGCUCGAAACAGCGCGCUGUACUGAAGUCAGAUGUUUUCAGCGACCUCGACGUACUGAACAAAAUGAACAAGUGGACUUUCCGAAGCGAUACCAAUUAA